AGUGCGAGUGCCGGGGUUCCCUGGCUGUCGGUGAGGAGCUUUAGCUGUGUGUCCGUCCUGCGGGGUGUCGGUCCGGCCCGGCCAUGUCUGACCCAGCUCCGCAGCCUGCUCCCGGGGCCCCCGAAGGGGGAGCCCCCGAAGGAGGAGCUCCUGAAGGGGGAGCCCCCGGUGCAGGCCCCCCCGGGGCUCCCCCUAAUCUGAGCAGUAAUCGCCGCCUGCAGCAGACCCAGGCCCAGGUGCAGGAGGUGGUUGAUAUAAUGUGUGUAAAUGUAGACAAGGUGCUGGAACGAGACCAGAAACUGUCAGAGCUAGAUGACCGGGCAGAUGCACUUCAGGCCGGUGCCUCAAUAUUUGAAAGUAGUGCAGCAAAACUCAAAAGGAAGUACUGGUGGAAGAACUGUAAGAUGAUGAUCAUGAUGGGAGUGAUUGGUGCCAUUAUUGUGGUGGUGAUUGGAACAUACACAUACCUGAAGUUCUGGCCCUCAAAGCAGUGGCUGGUUUUCCAUUGAAAAAUGAUGGUAGUUCCAGUUGUGCUGGACUGACUCUGGAAGAAGAGCCUCAGCAGAGUCUCUGUGGGUGGACCAGAUAAGGGUCGGGUCAAGCAGAACAGGCACUGCAGGACCUGUGCUCUUCUGAUUUUUGUGGGAUCCCAUGGUAGCAGAGGUACUGUUUGGGAUUUUUUGAGGGUGUGCGUAAUCCUGCCAAACUCUGUUUCCCUCAUGAAAGCAGGGAGGGCCAAGCAGGUGUAGAGAUCAAUUUGUCCUAGACCUGUUGGCAAACAUUUAAAUUGCCGGAUGUACACGUGUAUGGUGCAUCACAAGGAAGGGAGGCUAUACACCCCUAUAGAUCUACAAGUGCAACACAGGCAGCUUGAAAAGGGAAACCUGGCUCUGCCAGAGGUGUUUUGUCCCAGACCUGGGAGUGGCAGCAAGCAUCAACCACCUCUCCAGGGAAUUGUGCAUAGUAAUGGUUGAGAUUAUGCCUGUGGCUGUUGUCUCAAGUAGCCUUUUCUCUGAGGGAGAAGGGGGUGAGUGGCACAGUCUUGGGAUCACAGUCAGAUAUUAGCAACAAGGAAAGAGCAACCAGUUUCCAACCUUAGGGAGACCUUAACAAAGCUCCGCAUGUUGAGAGAUUAGUACCCCAGCUGAGGCUCCAUUCCUGUCCCUUGUCAUACCACAGAGGAGGCCAGUCACACCUGCCAAACCUCUUUAAUUAACGACAGACCAGAACGGUGGCAGCAUCCUUGUUGCGGGGAAAAGCAAGCGUGCACGCAUGUGUAGGUGUGCACAUGCACAGAGUGUAAGGAAAUCAAGGGGACAUCUCCCCCAUACAUAGACUAGAUCAACUCUCAUCCCUGGUGAUCCCCAGAGCAAUAGUAUUUUAUGAGACUGAGUAAUUCACCUACUGUAGUGAAAGCAAUGAACCCAGGCCAACCACAGAGCAGUCCUCUGCUAUGAUUCAGGUGCAGCACCCAAGAAGGAAGGAAACACAGGUCCCACAGCAAAGUGUGCAGCCUUUGCUCCAAUUGCCACCCAUCUGAACGGUGGAAUAAGCUGCUGCCUCAGUCGUGUCCCACCUCACCAUCCCUGCUUGGCCCAUGUGGUUCCAGGCUGUUAUAGGAUGGCAGAGUGGUCACUACAGCCUCAACAGUGAAGCGAUGUGGAGCACUGAGACCUGGUGUCUCAUCCUGGAAAGCAGUGUUAUCAUGACUGUUUGGAGAGGGUCCCGGUGGAGAGAGUUUCUGCCGGGAACGGAACCAGCGGAAGGCCAAGAUAAAGGUGAUGGCAAUGAAAUCCAGAAUCAGCUCUGCAAGUUCUAUCACAGAAAGGACAGAGGAUCCGAACCAGAGACUCCACUGGUUCCCAAGCUGGGACAGAAGAGUCACUACCUGCAAGAGAUGGAGAAAGAGCAGUGAGGACAGCCCUCAUUCAAGACUUUUGCCUCCCUGCCUUUUCCCACUAGCAGUGCCCCUGUGGUGCUGGGAGGUUCCUCUCACCCUGCCACAGGAAAAGAGACUGAAUAGCCAGCAAUGCUGCUGGAACAAACACGUGGCAUCGUGGGGGAAUGGGUGGCUAGAGAAGACAUGGUAAUAAAGUAUGUACCGUGAAGGCUGGAGACUCCCCAUUGGUCUUGUAGUUCCACUCCUUAAAAAAGAUAUUCACUUUGGCAACUCCGUUCCUGUAAAUGAAAGAUGAGGCUCAGUAACCCCAACUCCUCAAUCCCUGCAUUUCUUCACCUCAUUCACCAAGUGUAAUUUUCUUCUCUGUCUCCUUUUGCCCCCAUCCUUCUCCCACACAUACCACCCAGAGGCCUUUUCCCAUCUCUGCAGUUCCCUCAUUCUGCACUGAAUGUAAUCUUUGGUACUUACAGCACACUUCUGAGACUGCACUGUGAAACCCAGUGUUGGUGGCAAAAGCUUCUGCCCAGCUCUCCUUCCCACUGUUCCAUGAGCACGUUCUGUGAUUCCAGACUACAUGGCAGGUGCCUGGGGCUUACUGUUUUCAUACCAGCAUCUGACCCCUUUCAAAUUUUUCACUUGGAUCCCCAAUCCUUGUUGAAAUCUCAGAAUAUAGCUACUUGGACUCAAAUCCACUGGCCUUGUCCACAGGUUCCAUGCCUGAUCUCUUCCCAUCAUUGAUUUAUUCUUAACUCUGACAUUCCUAACACACACACUCCACUGGGAUGGUUUCUGGUGUGGACACAAUCUCUGUUUAGGGGCUCUCACCUCUUGGAUGUGAUGUUGUAUUUGUUCUGUUGUGAAAGCACGUAAAAAACCCAGUCCUGAAAUGAAAGUGCAAUAAAUUGUGUUACAUGAUCACAGUCACAUCCUGUAGGUUUAGUACCCGUUGAGGAAGGACUAAACGGGAGGCGAGAGCAGUGCUGAGGAGCCAGGACACCAUCUCCUUACCUCUGAGACAGCAGAAGGCCAGCGGGAGUAUCCAGCUGACAGCUGGUAUUCUGUCAUUCUGGAAGACAAGAGAUUGUGUUAGCUGUUGAAGCUGUAGGAGCCACAAGGCCAGGUCUUGCCAUUUCCAGGCACACCUGGAGAUUCCCUCCCAUGCUGAAGUUCUGCUCACUUCCCACUGUGCAGAAUGCACAAUCCUUGGGAGCUCACCCCUAAGCUGACCCUGACGUUCCUUGGUCAUUUUGGCAUCGUGAUGGGAGAUAUACCAUUUUGGGUGGCAGCUUAGUUAUUGACUCAAGCUUUUUCCCUGGCCAGCGAAUGCUUUCCAACACUUCUAGAAAUAAAAAGUUUUCAGUCUUCCUGACUGAUGAUCAAACUUACUUGCAAGGUUUCCGACAUUUGUGGAAACAGCCCAGCACAUCAGCUUUGAAUUCAGCCAGGAGUUUGUAAUAGCAGUAGCCUGAACAGCAGAGAAAGUAAAUCCAGGUAAGCUCACAGUAUCUUUAUAUAAAAGGUGAUAUGUGACAGUAAGGGGAAUCUAGAGAAGGUUUCUUUCCACAGGCUCCAAGGGACUGACAAUCUAAGAGAAGAGUGUCUUUUGGGUGCUCCCCCCAGGCAGCUCAUUGAAGACAGUAAGAUGUACUGGGACAUGGGGUGCACCCAACAGGUUCAGAUGGGCACAAGCUUUACUGUUCCUCCUGUCCACUUACCCCAAGAUACGUGCUUUGUAUAGUCACAGUACUCUGCUCCUUCAGGUAAGGGGUAGAAGUAAUAGGCACAGCCACAGCGCUCAACCAUGUUCAGCUGAAAGCAGGAGCGAAUGCAGACCUGGGAGGCACAUGAGGUGGAAAAGGCUCAGCAAGGAAACCAAACCCACUGCAACCUGUAUCACAUCAUACUAUUAACAGAGCCCAUGGACAAGCAUGGCCCUUAGGGAACUAAAAUAUUUCAGGAAAGUAGGAAAACAAGCCAUCACAGGACUGGAGACAGUUACCUGUUCAGUGUAGCGGGAUGAGUACAGAUUUUGCACUGGCACGUCACUGCCAUCCUCUGUGCAGUCACUGUAACUGCCCCCAAGACGCACAGUCAUCUCCUGGAAUAGCAAACUGUCAUUGCGUAGAACAACUGGCACUUUGCUGUCCUCUUCCUAAGCUUCCGUGCCACGCACUGCUCAGCUAUCAGUAUCUACUCUUUAUGCUUUUCUCAGGAUGCCUCCGUUUCUUUGUUCACUGAUAAAGCGCAGCCAAAUGCUUCUUGUCCAUUAAGUUGCCCUUCCUCUCCCUCCACUCCAUGUGAUUAAUCCCCUCCCUUAAACACACAUUGGGUCUAUGACAACCCAUCUGUAUCUAUUCACCAGUUAAACCUCCCCAUAACCUCACAUCCACAGCUCUUACCCCUGCUGCUUCCUUACUUUUCUCAUGCUGAUGGAGGUCUCGAUACCAGGACGCACGUUGAAACCCCCAUCAUCCAUGAAGGCUGGCUCAUUCUGAUCAUGGACCAUGACCCUGGCUCCUGUCACCGUGGACAACAGAGGGAUGAAGUCAUUCUGUUCGGUGCGCACCACCAGAGAGAGACCUGAGGAAAUGUCAGAGAGCAAGGGAGGUCAUGCCUGGCUGUGGUGCGGGAGAGCUGGGAGAGCACAGUGGUUAGAAGUGAAUCUGUGAGAGAUAAAGGAAGAGAUAGACAUCAAACAGGGUGGCACCGAAGCUUGGUAGCAAUAGAGGGUGGCUGGAGGGAAGCCAGAGGCAAAGCUGGAGGCUCCAGAAGAGGCCAGAGAAAGCUGAAUUUCAUCACUGUAGCUUAGGAAAAGCAGAACUGGGAAUUGAGAGAGAUUUCAUGGAGAGACUUGGAGUUGGAUGGAAGAAAAGCCUGAAGAUUUGGCCUCAAGAGGUUUCAUGGAGUUUAGGAACACAAGCAGGUCAGCUGCUGGAAAGAGGGAAACAGAGAAGGAGGAGGUGAAGACCAGGCUCUCAGGAGCGCAGCACUGUGGCUCAACAUUUCAGGAAGGGCCAGCACAAAUCCAGAGAGAGCAAUAUAAGGAUCAGACACUGAUGGGGGAGAGAGAGUUCAGUGGGCAGCAGUGAGGGACAGCCAUGUCCUCAAGACAGCUGUCCCCACAUGGGCAAAAACAGCUUAGGCGAGACAGAGCAGGGCUGUAAUCUGCCAGUACCAGUAUUAAGCACAGCAGGAUGCCCAUAACUCCUAAGGAAAGCAGAGAUAAGUGAUACUCCUUACUCACCAAAGAGUGCCUCUCACCCACCAUUAUUGAUCCCAGGCAUCGAGGAUGUCCAUAGGCUGCUGCUGUUGUCAUUAAAGGUAUAGCAGUUCCCAUACAAGGGAUGGUGGAAGUGGGUAUAAUUCCUGAGAGGGGAACAGAAACAUUCACACGGUGUGAGAAGGACUGCAAGACCAAGAGGAAGGGCUUUAUAAAAGAAACAACUCUGUUUUCUAUCAGCAGGGAGAGGGGCUUACAGCUGAUGGGCAGUAUUUGUUGUGUAAACUCACCUGAACAGGGAAAAGCAAUUAAAAUGUACCGUAAAAAAUGUUCUGGAGCUGGACAGGUUUUUACACCACGUUUUUCAUACUGCUCUCGAGGGCCCAAAUUGGUUUUAGCUGUACUAGCAAAGAUUGUAUUAUCUUCCUAAUACUGAAGAAUAGCUCUUUCAACCCCUUUUUCUCCCUUGCUGAUGGAUGUCAUUCCACUACCUCUACUGCAUCUUUUUUGACCAAUAAUAGCAGGACAAAAGUAGAAUAUUUUUUUACUGUCUUUUUGUAUCAACUCUCUCCUCUCCUCUUCCUGUAUGUGGGCUGAUAUGUACCACUGUUACUACUGUAGCUAGUAAAAUAAAAAUACUUUUACACUGUA